AGGCAGGAGCUAGGAGGAGGUCCACUGACAUGUCCAACAGACAGAGAAGCCUUGGAACGAAACAAGGUAAACUACAGUUCUUCUGAUCUUCCAGCAAAAUGUAAAUUUUUAUUCAGGAGGAGAAAAAAGAAACGGAUAGAGAUGUUUCAAUAUAUAGACACUUUUUCAUUUUUUUUUUUUUACAUUUCAGGACAUUUUCCCGGACAAAUCAACCGAAAGAAGGAUACUGUCACUAAUUAUCAAGUGUCCCAGUGAAGGUUGUGAAUGGACCGGUGAGCUCCGGGAAAAAGAGGUAAGUAUAGAAACUGAUUAGUGCGUUCAAUUAACCGUAGGCUGUCCCGCUUGCUGGCUCCCCUCUCUGAGGGUCCCCAAUUAGGUUUUUAGGGAUACGGGAUUGCAAACAUGCUCGGGAGGUGGGAUGCCAAAAAUAACCAUCAGAUUAUGGGAUUGAAAAACCCUAUUGGGGACCCUCUCUGUUGAUGGUUCAGGAAUUCUUGGUUUGUAGACAUGGUUCAGUAUUAAAGGAAUGAUGCUAUAUAUUUUUUUCGUGUAAUUAUUUUAACAGAAACACUUGGAUUCUUGCCCUUUGAGUAUGGUUUCUUGCACCAAUAAAAAAUGUGAAGUUAAAGUGGCUAGAAAAGAUCUGGCUGAACACGUGACCAACACGUGCGUCUGGAAAAUUUUAAAGUGUAGUCAUUGUGAAGAGAAUCAUCCCAAGUGCCAGAUGGAGGUAAAGGCAAAUUAGUUUUUAUUGCUAGUUUUUUAGAACUUUAACAACUUAAAUUAAAACUAAAAUUGACGCACGAAAAAAUUAAACGAUAUAUUUCCAUUCCAGAACCUCAAUUUCGCGUCUAAUAUUUCCAUAAUAGUAUGAUAGAUUACUUUCUUUAGCGAUUUCCUCUCAAAGAUCUUUACUAGACCAGCUUACGUUUUUAGAGUGCUUUUUUUAAGCAACAGUUAAGUUAGGAAUUAUGAAAAAAUGUCCAAGUUGAAAAACAAGGUUCGUAACUGCAUUGUGCCUAUUGUUGGCCAUAUUACAGUUACAGUAGUAGAGCACACUGUUGCGCAUGAACCUCUAAUUUACAUUUGUUUAUGUCACUGUUGAAGGGGCUUGAUUGUGAUGUUCAGUCCUAGUACUUGGUUCCUUAAUUUUUGAUUCUUAUUGCCUUGUUUUCUUUUUUGAGUAUUUAACGUCUUUUAUCAAAAUUCCGUUCAUUCUCCACUAUUUACCUCAGAUUUUGACUUUUUUUCUUGGCAGGCACAUCUAGAAAACUGUGAAGGUCUCUUAACUGGAUGUCCAAACAACUGCGGGAUUAAAAUAUUAAAGGAAAAGGUAAGACUGGUUGCGAUGUGCUCCCAGAUCAUAUACUAAAAAAUGUAUUGGUUUUGCCCACGAUGCCACGAAGCAUUUCAAGAACUCGUUUGAAAAGUGUUCAUGCGUUCCACAUCGAACUGAACUUUGAUGAGAGGGGAAAACCGGACUAUCCAGAGAAAAACUUCUAACAGCAGAGAAAAACAUAGUAUCAAGCUCAAGCCAUGGGAGGGUGGCACUCACUUCCCAACAAAGAAUCCUGGGUUCGAAUUCCGGAAGCGACGCCAUGUUGAGUUUGUUGUAUUUACUAUAUUUAAGUUAAUAUGAGUUCGUGUUUCGCCUUGUUCAUCAAAGAUUUUAUAAAGAUAGAACACAAAAAGCUGUGCUAAUAUAAAUUUUGGUCAGUUGCCUAUUGUGCGACGAAAGAAAGAUUUUUGAUAGCUUUUGAUAGUUUUUUGAAACGAAGUAGGAAGAGGAAGAAAAUAAAAGCCAACAAUUUGGCUUCCUUUCCGCUGCUCGAAAUUAAAGAUGUUACAGAUGAAAUUCUUCUGUCAAUGUUUUUGCCAGGUGUUGUGAAGUAUUGUAUGGUUAAUGGAAAUGGUUAAACCUUAUUAAUAACUAGGUUAUCCUGCCUGUUUUCUUGGAAGGUCUCAGACCACGUUAAAAAUACAUGCCCGCUGACUGAGGUUCCCUGCCCAUAUAAUUGGAUGGGCUGUACAUCCAAGGUAAUUUUGAUUAUUAAAAUUGAGAAGUUUAGUUGUGGAAUUUUAGAAUAUACUAGCGCAGGUAGGAACAGGGAAAUCAUGUAGCAUAAUGGCUCACGUCAAUACCUAAAAUCUCAAAGACAAUAGGGCAUUUCCGAGGUUUAAGAACUCUCACUUUCGAAACAAGGCUAAAUACAUAACCUUUUUUGUGAAAAUGAGUUUUAUUUGCUUUGAGAAUAAAAAUUCCUUUUAAUAUCAAUAGAUUGGCUUUUAGCCUCGCUUUGAAACAGAGGUUUUGGGGAACUCGGAAUUGGCCUAUAGCUUUGGUUCCAUUCGUUCAAAAGGUGAGAAGGCCAUUACUGUUAAUUCUUUCAGACUGAAAAGGUGCAUGACGCUUCCACGUGAAAGUAGCAUUGGUUUCCCUCAUACUUAUCCGCUGCAUAGUGAUUUGUUCGGUGGAUUAAUACACCAUCCAGCUUUUAAAAAAACUGGUGCUGGACCAAAGAGCGCGGGGAAAAUCACUUAGUUACAGUCGACUCCCGAUAACUCAAACCCUCGCUAUCUCGAACCUCGCGCUAACUCGAACUAAAAUCGAUUUUCCCUGGAUUUCCUUCUUGCACAUACUGUAAUUUUACCCUUGGUAACUCGAACCCUCGUUAACUCAAACCUAGAAAGACUGAACCUCCCGCUAACUCGAAAUAAUUUUUGUUUCCCUUCAGGUCACUUUUAUGUAAUUUUACCCCCAAAAACUCGAACCAUGUCUUAAACGCGCGUAGGAGUUUAUCCUGGCGCUUGACAAAUCGAAAAAUAAAAUCAAGCUUUGUUGUUUAAUUUCUUUUUCAAAAUAUCAUUAUAUGUCUUGUCGUACCCUGAAGUAAACUUUGUAUGGUGGGCCUUGAAUUGCUUCCCCAUCCUAUUUCCUUAUUUUCGGUUAUUUGCUUCAAGCUCCCGAUAACGCGAACUUUUUUCUAUUUCCUUAAAAGUUCGAGUUAUCGGUAGUCGAGAGUAUUCCUUUUUUGAGGAAACUCAAAAAAAAAACAAACAGAGUGCUUGUAAACGGAGAACAGCGAAUUUUUCCUAUUCAUGUCAUUUCUUUGAAGCUUGGAUAGAAUUGGACGAAUUGCAAUGAUCGCCAUUAAGUCAAACGAACACUGGAGUUCACUUAGACAGCAAAACAGUGGUUUUUUUCUCAAAAUCAGGAAAGAAAUCGGUAAAGCGUGGCGUAAGAGUCUUACGCGCGCGAAGCUCGCGAGCCUCACCCGCCCGUAGGGCUCUUAUUCUCUCUGUUUUCAGCCUCGUUCCAGAUCUUUUGUUUGACUGUUCGCGCGUACUUGAAUACGCAAAAAUACGGACUGUUUUGCAGUCUAGAGUUCACUUUAAUACAGCCAAACCUCGUUUUACGGACGACCGCUUAAUACGGACACCUCAUUAUUACUCAUUACUGCUUUGUCCCUGGGGAAAGAAACCGGCAGACGUUUCUCCUCGCUCAUCGCCACUGAGGGACGUUUAGCGAGGAGGAAAGGUCCCUCGGCGGCGAUGAGCGAGAAGAAACUUCUGCCAUUCGCAGGCUAAAGAAAGCCCUUACAUUUUCUCUAAAUUCAACCCGCUUAAUGCGGACUCCGCGUUAAUACAGACAAUUUUUAUGGCCGCCUCAGUGUCCUAAUUAACGGGGUUUGACUGAUGUACAGUAAUUGACGUGUUCGAUCAUGUCGUCACCAUCGCGGUUGUUUAAGCCAAAAGCAUCUAAAACUUGCCAUGUGAGUGCUUGGUAGUAUAUUGCGUAAAGCCCCAUGGAAACGGACGCAACAUUGUUGGAUGUUACAUGUUGCGUCUGUGUGCACGCGCUGUUGCAUGUUGUUGGAGUUGUUAAACUUUUGAGCCAAAAAGUCCUCACGUCGGCGUGAUCACAAAGCGUAGCUUAACAAUGUUGCAUCCGUUUGCACAGCUCUAAGAGACAGCAACGCAAUAACUUCGCGUGGUAGACCAACACGCGUGAUGAGCCAACAUCGUUGGAAAUUGUUGCAUCCGUUUGCACACCACUGCUUACGCGGACGCAACAACUCCGAACAUUGUUGGCCUAAUAAUUUUGGGAGAUUUUGCGUCCCAUGUUUGCACAUAGCUUAACGUAUUGAACAAUUUAAAGGGUUCAUAUGGGAAUAGGAUAUGAUUAAGAACAGGAUCAGGAUUUGCACGCUUCGAAAAAAACAAAAAAACACGAAAGGACACAAAAUAUAGCAGAAGUAAGUUUAUAGUACAGUCAAACCCUGUUAAUACGCAGACUGAGGGAGUUCUAGAAAGUGUCCGUGCGUGUUAAAGAGGGGCUGUAUUAAGCGGGUUAAAUUUAGAGAAAUGUAACGGUUUUCUUUCCCCUGGGACAAAGCAAACUGCCCUUAAUAAUGAGGCGUUCAUAUUAAGAGGGUGUCUAAAAAACGGGGUUUGACAGUAUUUCUUUUCUCCAUAAAAUUUAAUUAUAAGCUAAUGUUAGGCGAUUUUCAGUUCUUAUUUUUUCUAUAUGAGCCUUAAACAAAUGAUCAUUGCGUUACGAUGUAUCUAUUAUAUAAAUCGCUCACAUAGUGACGGGUAAGACCCCUGUGCUAAAAGCUGCUAAAGGUAUCGUUAAUGACCAAAGUAGAAGAUACGUUGGAAAAAUAAUCUAAAAAUUUUUUUAAAAAACUGACAUAAAGUAAAUUGUAUAAAAACCAGGCAAGAAAGGCCUAUUUUAUGCUGAUAUUUUAUUACAGGUUCAGAGAAAAGUGCUUGAAUCACAUCUCCAGUCUGAGACCGGCCAUCAUCUUAUUUUGAGUUGUUGUAAGUUAAACGGCACUCAAGAUGAAGUGAGAAAACUUCAAACAGAAGUGAGGGAACUUCGGGAAAGAGAAAACAUUCGCCACAAUGAAAUUGAAGAAAGAGAUCAGGCCCGCCAAAAUCAUUCGGAAGAAAGAGUACAAGGCCUUCAAAAUCGUUUUGAAGAAAGAGUGCAGGCCCUUCAAAAUCAUUUUGAAAAGAGAGUUAACGUGCUAACAGAUAUCAACCAUAAAUUAAAGGGUGAUCUGAAUACCACUCGCAUGGCACUCUUUUUUUGCUCUGCCGUUCUUAUCGUUAUUAUUGCUGUGUUGCUUGGCCGUUUGGAAAAACGCGAAGAGCAAAUUAAUGACGUGCAAAACAAGCUUACAAGGAAAGUGGGUGAAGUGGAAAAGAUUCUGGAAUUUAAAGUGACUGAUGUACGUGAACAGCUGGUGAACGAUAUGAAUGAAGUUAAGAAAAGUCUUGAAACAAAACUCGAAGAGCAAGUUAAUGGCGUGCAAAACAAACUUACAAGUAAAGUGGGUGAAGUGGAAAAGAUUCCGGAAUUUAAAGUGACUGACGUACGUGGACAGUUGGUGAACGAUAUGAAUGAAGUUAAGAAAAGUCUGGAAGUUAAAAUGGAAGAUCUUGAAGAGAGGGUAAGUAAUGCAUGUAAAGAAAAUAACUAG